AUGUCGCAGUCUAACUUCUUGAAAUCCAAAGACCGUCAUUUCGAGAAGUUGGAAAGCUCAAAAACGUAUGCUGAGAAAACAAAUAGUGGUAACGAGGACGAAGGCUUGACGAAACCCGAAGAAUCUAUUCCUCAGGGUACAGUUUUAAACCUUCCAGUUCAAAGAACUUAUACGUUCCACGCUAAAAUCACUCAAGUUGAUGUUAGAGACACAAGUCUUGCCGUCAAAAUUUCAGAAAGCGACUCCGAAGUAUUUCGUAUGAGAUCACGCAGAACGUACUUCACUACUCAGCAGCGAGAAGUAUUGGAGCAGGCGUUUAGCACAUCUCAGUAUAUUAAUCCAAAGCUACGAGAAGUGUUAGCCUCAUCGAUUGGUGUUACUGACCGAGUAGUUCAGACUUGGUUCAAAAACAGACGUGUAAAAUGGCGAAAGGAACGAAGAACUCAGUUGAAAGUGUUUGUCGAGCCUUCACAGCCGAAGCAACAACCACUAGUAUUGAUGCCACAUAUUGCUUAUGCACCAAUGAACUACUAUAGUCAACUGCGGCCCUACUAUGAGCAAAGACAACCCACCACGACGUCUGCGUCUAACAUGACUGCGACCUCAGGUUAUCUUCAGAAUGGAUUUUUUGCGUGGGACAAAGAUGCUUUCAACUAG